UCCGGAUUCAGCAACAAGUGCUCAGUUGAAUAUCAGGUUACCCUCAGAACAUCAACUCUAGCUCUGACGUUUCCCAGACCGUUUAGAGGAUGUCGCUUAUUCUUGGAAAGUGUUAAGUUCUCUAAAAAAUGUUUACCAAACAGAAGACCGGAUUAAGGAUUAUAGAAAGCAAUCCAAUUGCACAAUACUACUCUAUUGGACGUCAAUUAACGUGUCCUGUACCUGAACCUGACCCGCCUGUUUGGAAAAUAUAUGACGCUGUGUCCAAGGCAGAUGGAAAGGAAGCGAGUAUCCAUGUAUAUGAAAAAAAGGGUUGUGAUAGAGUAGGUCGAGGGAAACGAAGGGAGGCCAUUGCAGAACUUUUAAAGGAAGGAGUGACAAGGCUAGUACAACAUUCGGCCCCUAGAAUACUUCAAGUUCUACAUGGGCCUGAAGAGAACGGAGAAUGUCUGGCGUUUGCUUCAGAGAGGGUUCUUGGUACUCUCUCAACUAUUCUUGUAUCCCAACAUAUGAUGGAGUCUAGUAACCCAGUUGCAAAAGCUCAGAUAAAUGGAAGCACCGAAGGAAGUGUUUACAUUCAUUACAAUUUUAUUGAUUUUGAGUAUAGAUAUGGGCUUUGUCAGAUCACUGAAGCUCUUCUGUUUCUUCAUGCAAGUUGUCAACUUGUACAUAGAAAUGUUUGCCCCGGAACAAUCUACAUCAGCAGUAGGGGAACCUGGAAACUAGGAGGUCUUGAACAUGCAGGUCGGAUUGGAAAUGGAGACUGUGAAGUUGCCUGUCAACCCUGGACUACCAAAAUGCCUAAAGCAGCCCAACCAAAUCUUAACUACAUCGCUCCAGAAAUACAGCACAAAUCCUGCUAUAACAGCUCCAGUGAUAUGUAUAGUUUGGGAAUGACUUAUAUAUCAUGCUUUAACUCAGGACAAUCUGUUAUACAGGCUAGUCACAGUACAAGUCAAUAUUUUAAACUGGCCGGACAGCUAUCUGAGAAAGUAGCUGAAAUACUUCCAUUUAUUCCAGUAGGCCUUCAGGAAUUAGUAAACAAACUGGUGAACCAAGACACAAGGCAUAGGCCUACAGCAAGACAGUUGGUUCAAGCACCAUAUUUCGGAGACCCAGCGGUACAGGCCCUACAGUUCCUUGAAACCCUUAAUACCAAGGAUACGAACCAGAAAGCCCAGUUUUUCAGAAAUAGUUUAAUUGAAGUGUUUCCCUUUAUUCCUCGGAAACUGUGGUUACAGCAGAUUUGGCCAAUUCUUGACCAGGAACUAAAUAAACAGGAGGUCAUGGCAGCUGUUCUGGAAUCUGCUCUUUUUCUAAUCAGAGAAUGCAGUCAGCAAGAAUACCAAACUUUUAUUCAAUCCUCGAUCAGGCCAAUUUUUAAUGGGCCAAAAACCGUUCAAGCAAGUGUAACCCUGCUAGAACAGCUUCCAAUCCUGCUGGAGAAAACAAAUCAAGAAGAGCUAGAUACCCAGAUUCUACCAAUGGUUUAUUUAGCCCUUGAGAGCAAUAUGUCGCAGGUCCAGAUGGCUGCUGUUUCUGUUGUACCCGCAAUCCUUGAUUACUUGUGCGAUGAUGUUAUUCGUACUGAGCUUCUUCCCCGAGCUAGAAACGUGUACUCUACAAAUGGGGCUGAUGUUAAAAUUGUACUGAGUCUUUUAGCCUGCAUUGCUAAGAUUUUGGAUAAAUUAGAUCGAGCAGUAAUCAUUGACGAGGUUUUACCGUUGCUGUAUGAUAUCAGACUUAAUGAUAUAAAUAUCCUCGUUACAGUCCUAGAGAUUUACAGAGUAAUGCUAAGUGAUCGAAGAUAUGGGUUAAACAUGACUCUUUUGGCUACAAGGGUUCUCCCAGUUUUGAUUCCACAGUGUGUGAACCCUCAACUAUCAAUAGAUAACUAUAUGAUAGUGCAUGGAACCAUUCAGGAGAUGAUGGAUCAUAUUGACAGGCACCAAAGAAAUAAACUUAAAUUAGAGGGGGAUCUGCCUAAGUCUGUAGAAUCUCUGAGACUGAGAUCAGAUAGAUACUCGGAUGUCUCAAUACCAAAUCUAGUGAUUAGGAGACCGAGUGUAGUACAGGGUCAUUUUUCCAGCCACUCUAGUGCUCUUUCUAGACUUAGUGCCAUCUCUUCAAACAACUCAAGCGGAGACAGUUCACCAGAAAAUAACAAUUAUCUUCGAGUAUCAGCAAUGUUUGGUAACAGGCGAUGGAGUGAGAAUACACUUCCAGUUUCCAAUCGGUCCCCCUUGUCCUCUGUGUCUUCUCCUGGCAGUGCACCAGGGUCCCCUGUGGGACUUCCUAACAGGAGGCACUCAAGCGCAACCCAAAGACGCCGAAGUUCUUCAAACCUUCUCAUUCAUUCAACAAAUCCUACUUCACCGGUUUUGUUUCAACUUGGUGGUAGUGUUCCAAACUCUCUUGGUAAAUGUUCUCCUGUGUCUAGCAGAAGAAGUAGCAGAGUAGGCAGAACAGGUUCCUCUAGCAGCCUGGUUGGGAGUAGAAAACCAUCUUUAGCGGGUGUAGGGGAAUGGCCAAACUCCCCACCCUCCAGCACCCCUUCUCUACUACAAACUAUCGGGAACAAUGUUGUGAGUGCUGCUAAUGCUUUGACUCCAUAUAAAAAAGCUUUUAUUAGUGGGACCAGCAACAAUGUUGCUUCUCCUCCCUUCUCAUUUAAUUAGAAUUUAUAGUAUAAGUAGAUAUGCUUGUCACAAAUAAGUAGAUACCAGAGAGAAGUCACACUUUUAAACAAAAAUUUCAUUUUCAAUGUUCAAAAGUACAACUUUCUUUUGAAAAUCAAGAAAAUUCUUAAAAUUCUGAUAAUCAUAGCCCAAAAUAAAACCCACAGACUGAAGUAUAAAUAAUUUUUUUAAAAUCAUUUUCUCCAUUCCUCUGUACAUAUUUGUGACAAAACAUAUUUAAUUUAGUUUCAAAUAUACUUGCGAUAUUAAAUAAUUAACACAUAUACAUUAAACAAUAUAUUACACGCAUAUUAUAGCAUGCAGUAAUAUACAGUUUAAAGGUUACAAAAUUGGAUAAAAUCAAGUUAUUCAAGUAAGGAAGAAAGGAAUAAAAGUCGCAAAUAUAUUGGUUCAUCCUGUAGUUUAUCGUAGUAAAAUAAGUGAUAAGUAUUAUACAUUACAUUAUAAAAUAUCUAGAUGCAUGUUAAAUUGUUUAUAUAUUGUCUAUUUUGCUCAAGCGUACACGACUUUAAUACAGACUUAAGACCAGACCUUGCUUUUUAAAUACGGACUGCUUUUGAGGCUUUGCUUACAUUUUUUGUCAAUUAUGUUCUGCACCUUGCUUAAUAAGCAAGGGAACUUAGUGUUUCCACAAACUCUAAUAUUCUAAUCCUUAGAUCUUUGCAAGUUGGGAACUACGAGAUCAAUGCUCUUUGAGAUCUUUUGUAAAUCUGCAGAUUAGUUCAAUUUUUUUUCAAUAUCCCGCAUGGUAACAAAAUUCAUAGUUUGAGAUAACAAAGAUCUUCGACAUCGAGUUGCAAACAUUUAGGGAUUCGAAAAUUAGCUUGCGACAAAGACUCAAUUCCUUUGCCAACAAGAGAAUUAUUUUAAAUAAAAAAUCUAAGAUAAUAGUAAUUCACAUCUCAACAAUCAGUUUUCUGUCUCCAACUUAUUUGAUUGUAAACUUUGGGCGUUUUAAAAUCUGUAUUUCUAAACAAACCUUUUGUUGAUAUGUUUGAAGGGAAUUUUUGUUGGCUUGUGACUUUCAGAUAUAUUUUUGACUUAAAAUAGCACUUGAUAUCGAAAAUAUUUUGAAAUAAAAAUGCUAUUACAAAGAAAUUGAAUUCCAUGAAAUUAUAGAAUAUGAGCAUAAAUUUCCUGUUAUGCUUAUUAGCAUUAAUAUGUACGAAAUAUCUCUUAGCUCGUUUAACCCUUAAACCCUUCAGUAAUAUAUUUUCCUCGCUAAAAUGUGUAUGUCCGAUAAAAUUUGUUUAGGCAUGAAGUUAUAUAUAAAUAUUUAUUUACGUCAAUAAACUUAUCUGUAGAUAUUUAUAAGUUUGAAAAAAGUAUCGUUUGAUGCAGAAAAGAAAUUACAUUUUCAUGGUUUUAUAAAUACUAAAAUAUUUGACAAAAUAUGUAUAAUUAUGCGAAUAACUCCUAAACUAAAAUGUUUGUUA